GGCGCUUCCGGUGCGGGCGGCCCGGCUGGCGGAAGUGACGGCCGGGUUUGUUGACAGCGGAGGCCGCGGCGGGGGGAGCGGGCCCGAGCAGGACGCGGACCCCCUGCCCGCCCCGGGGAGCGGCGCCGGGACGAGCCGGGACUCGCUGCCGCCUCCCCGCUCCUUCCCCUCCCUCCCCCAUUCCGCCGCACCGGACGGGGGCCUGGCGCCAGCUGUCCUGAUGUCCCUGUAAAUUCAUCCUGGAACUUCAUCUGAGGAAAGGAUCUACUGAAUCAAAAGCUUCCUUCUUUUCCUCUUCCCAUAACUUCCCUCAAGAUGGCAUCCGAUAGCCCUGAGUCACUAAUGACCUUGUGCACAGAUUACUGCCUUCGCAACUUGGAGGGGACUCUCUGCUACCUACUGGACAAUGAAACUCUCCGGCUCCAUCCCGACAUCUUCUUGCCAAGCGAGAUUUGUGACAAACUUGUCAAUGAGUACGUGGAGUUGGUGAAGACAGACAGCAUCUUUGAACCCCAUGAAAGCUUCUUCACCCUGUUCUCAGAUCCCCGGAGCACCAGGCUAGCUCGGAUCCACUUGCGGGAACAGAUUGUGCAGGACCAGGACCUGGAGGCCAUCAGGAAGCAGGAUCUUGUUGAGCUCUACCUGACUAACUGUGAGAAGUUGACGGCCAAGAGUCUGCAAACCUUGGUGAGCUUCAGCCACACACUUAUCUCCCUUAGCCUCUUUGGCUGCUGUAAUAUCUUUUAUGAGGAGGAAAACCCUGGAGGCUGUGAAGAUGACUGUUUGGUGAACCCCACUCGCCAGGUCUUGGUCAAGGACUUUACUUUUGAAGGCUUUAGCCGCUUGCGCUUCCUGAACCUGGGCCGCUUGAUCGAAGGGGUAAAUGUGGAGACGUUGCUUCGGCCUUUGGCUUCCCUUGCAGCUCUUGAUCUCUCUGGGAUCCAGCUGAAUGAUGUGGGAUUUCUGACCCAGUGGAAGGACAGUCUGGUUUCCUUAGUGCUUUACAACAUGGACCUUUCAGAGGAGCACAUCCAAGUGAUCGCACAGCUUCGCAAGCUCAGGCAUUUGGAUAUCUCCCGAGACCAUCUGUCCAGUUAUUACAAAUUCAAGCUGACCCGGCGGGUUCUAAACCUGUUUGUGGAAAACUUGGUAAACCUCACUUCGCUCGAUAUCUCAGGGCACACCAUGCUGGAGAACUGCACUAUCCCAAGCAUGGAGGAGAAGAUGGGCCAGACAAGCAUUGAGCCAGCAAAGAGCAGCAUUGCUCCCUUCCGGGGUCUGAAACGACCGCUUCAGUUCUUGGGCCUUUUUGAAACAUCUCUCUGCCGUCUGACACAUAUUCCAGCCUACAAGGUGAGUGGAGACAAGAACGAAGAGCAAGUCCUGAAUGCUAUUGAGGCUUACACUGAACACCGGCCAGAAAUCACUUCCCGGGCCAUUAACCUGCUUUUUGACAUUGCCCGUAUCGAACGCUGCAGCCAGCUGCUGCGAGCCCUUCAGCUGGUGAUCACAGCCCUCAAGUGCCACAAGGAUGACAAGAACAUCCAGGUGACCGGCAGCGCGGCGCUGUUCUACUUGACCAACUCCGAGUACCGCAUGGAGCAGAGCGUAAAGCUGCGGCGCCAGGUCAUCCAGGUGGUGCUGAACGGCAUGGAGUCCUACCAGGAGGUCACAGUGCAGCGCAACUGCUGCCUGACCCUGUGUAACUUCAGCAUUCCCGAGGAGUUGGAGUUCCAGUACCGCCGAGUCAAUGAGCUGCUGCUGAACAUCCUCAACCAGAGCCGGCAGGACGAGUCUAUCCAGCGCAUCGCUGUGCACCUCUGUAACGCUCUGGUCUGCCAGGUGGACAACGAUCAUAAAGAAGCUGUGGGCAAGAUGGGGUUUGUUAUGACAAUGCUAAAGUUGAUUCAGAAGAAGUUGGCUGAUAAAACGUGUGAUCAGGUGAUGGAAUUCUCCUGGAGCGCCCUUUGGAACAUCACUGAUGAGACCCCUGAUAACUGUGAGAUGUUCCUUAACUACAGCGGCAUGAAGCUGUUCUUGGAAUGCUUGAAAGAGUUCCCAGAGAAACAGGAGCUACAUCGCAAUAUGCUGGGUCUCCUGGGCAAUGUAGCAGAGGUGAAGGAGCUCCGCCCGCAGCUCAUGACCUCCCAGUUCAUCAGUGUGUUCAGCAACCUGCUGGAGAGCAAAGCAGAUGGGAUUGAGGUAUCCUAUAAUGCCUGUGGUGUGCUCUCCCAUAUCAUGUUUGAUGGUCCAGAGGCUUGGGGUAUAUGUGAGCCUCACCGAGAAGAAGUUGUGAAGAGGAUGUGGGCAGCCAUCCAGAGCUGGGAUAUCAACUCCAGGAGAAAUAUAAAUUACAGGUCAUUUGAACCAAUCCUUCGACUUCUUCCACAAGGGAUCUCCCCAGUCAGCCAGCACUGGGCUACCUGGGCACUGUAUAACCUGGUCUCUGUCUACCCUGACAAGUACUGUCCACUGCUGAUCAAAGAAGGUGGGAUUCCCCUUCUGAAGGACAUGAUUAAAAUGGCCUCAGCACGGCAAGAGACCAAGGAAAUGGCCCGGAAAGUUAUAGAGCACUGCAGUAACUUUAAGGAGGAGAACAUGGACACUUCCAGAUAGAGGCAAUCAGCUAAUGCCUCUUGCCAGCACUGUAUCCAGCUUCUCUCUAAUUCACUGUAUAUAGGGAGGACUCUUUCUUACCAACUCGCCUGUUGGAAGGAAACUUCAUGUGUGUGUGUGAGACCCUCAGUAGAUGAAGGUGAACGGGGGGGGGGGGGGGCGGGAGGGACUUUUUGCACAACAAAAUGCUUUCCUUAAAUUAGUGGACUUUUUUGUUAUGAAGUUUCAGGUUGAAGUUCUGUGUGUAUGAUUUCUGUAUAAAAAAGAAAACAAAAACAAAGACAACUACAUUAUGUAUCUUUUAACCUUUUUAUUUUAGACCACACAGAGAGCCUCAAAUGAUCAUGAGCUUGAAGACCUAGUUGUGUGAUCGCUAGUGUGACAUUUUUAUUUCCCACUUUUUAGAAAAUUCCCUUUUGCUGUAUUGCAUGAGGUCCUGUAAUGCCUGCAAGAACACCAGUCCUGAAUCAGUAUUGACUACUCAAUGGGGUUACAGGCAGUGACGAGUUAUUUAUUUGGUUAGAGAGGUUGGGAGACACAAUACCAGAGAGUUAGACCAAACGGACUGACCUUUUUAGUGAUAUCUGUAAAUGGAAGAAAUGGAGAAGAAAGAUCUUUUAAGUCAAUUCAAUCCCUUAAGGGGUUUUUGUAGAAGACUCACAUUAAUGGAAGCAUUGCUAACUGUAUGUGGGUCAUUUGGAAGUAAAACAUUCCCACUGAAGUCAAGAGGUCUGUUUUGUCCCCUUUGGCGGUACAGUAGGAUUUGCCAGCCCACCCAGCCUCGGGUGGGUGACCAGUAAAACCAGUUACACAUCCUUGGCAACACAGAGCUUUUCUCUCUAAGGGAGCCUGUGCAACAAGGAAAAAGGUUUAUUCGCAAAGGGCUACACACCUUUAUUCCAGUCCUUCACCACCUUUUUAGUUGUGUUCUGUUUUACGGGAAGGGCUACAAAGGCCAGAGAGCGUAUUUCCCCCCUGCAUAACAAGCUCUCCUAGGCCCCAGUCCAGAGUGGCUUGUACCACUUGUGCAAGUCCCAGUAAUGGACUGGAGCCCUUCUGCUCUUUUUUCAGGCUGCAUCAGUGCAAGCCAUGCUCAGUGGCAAAGUAAUCUCCUUUUAUAGGAAACUCACUGCAGCACAGAUACUGUAACUGGAGGUGCUGGAGUCCUCUCUGGAGACUGGGCAGCCUCCAGGCACCCUCUGGAGGACGAUCCCAUGAAAUAGCACCUCUUGCUCCACCCCAACAUCUUCCCCCUCUUCUGGGAAGCAGAAGCCCUAUUCUUCUCUGACUCCCACUAGCACUUACCAGUGCGGUCCCGCUCGCAUCAGCAACAUUACUCCAACUUACAUGAUGUGGGUGAGAGGACAGUCCCGCUAAGGUGGUCUUCACCCGUAAGACUCCAGACCUGUAAAGGCUCAAGAAGCCAAAGGCCAAGGUUUGCCUCACAGCCAGGCGCUCAGCACCACACUGGGCUGUCCAUGCUUAGAGCCCUCUGCUUGCCACAGUUCCUUCACAAUUCACAAAUCUUCCCUUAGAAGGGACUUAGAAAAGAUUUUAUGUCUGGUAGCAGUAAGAGAAGACCACGGCCGUGUGAGUUGGGACAUUUCAGGCCUCUGAGCACAGUAACCCUUGCUGCUCUCUUCCCUUGUAUACAUUGCUCUCAGAUUUGACUCGCUGCUAUGAGGUUCUUCUAAUGCUCAGAGUUAAUGCUGUCAUUGCUGAGCACAUUAUAGACAGAUCCUAGAUACACAAACUGACACUUUAAAUGACAACACAGCUGCCCUGGAGAGGUUUACUUUUUCUGCCAAUAUGGUGUUAUUCAAUGUCUUUAUUUUUUCCUUUUUAACCAUACGUCAUUUGUUUUGAUAUUGUGAGAUCUGUACUUUUUUCUUUUAAGUAUUUUUCAAACUUAUAUAUAUUUUUGUGUCACUUUUGAAUUGUUUUCAUAUGGUUUGCAAAACUUGAUGAAUUAUACUUUUUUGCAGUUGUUGGAUUGAAAUGUAUUUUUCUCUCUCUGAUUCCUGUUCCCCAAGAAUUUGUGUCCCUAUGAGCUUUGAGACAGAAAAGCUUAUUUCAAGAUCUGUUUUCUGUAUAACAUUUGCUAAUCUUCCUUUUAGAUGCAAAACUAAGGAAGGCUGCAAAUACUGCCAAUCAGCCUUGGUGCAUUAGAGGAGUCAGGCUUUGCUCAUUUAAUCCUCCACUUAGUGCUGCUGUCCUUUUGAAGUUGUUUCACGUGGCAGUGCCACCCAUUAGGCUUUCUUCCUUUCUAAUGCCCAUAUAGUGAAAGCUCCUACCGCUAAAAUCUUGGCAUAUGUGACAGGGAGCACUCCAGAUUCUGACUGUGCUGGCAAGGUGGGAGCAGAGCAGAAGGGGACACAUCACAGAUGCGAGAUGUAGCAGAAACCCAUGUCCCCAUGUUGGGGACACAGCUGGAGCUCGGGAACACCCAUGUCAGCUAGAGCAGACCUCAGCCUUGCAUUGUAAUCAGAGCCAAAGAAUCGGGCUUUACACUGAGAUUUUGGCACAACUCCAUCAAGGUUAAUGAACAACCGAUGGCUUGGUUCCAUCUCACACAAGACCCCAAAGGUUUGGGUUUUUCAAACCAGUGCCUCUAAGUUCAGCUGUUGCGGAACUCUCACUUGCUGCAAACUAGACGCUGGUAUCCCAACCUAACAAGAUCCAAGCUGCAUCAAACCUUUGUUUCACACUGUAAAGGUAACCUCUAUCCUCACUGCUCACAUAUCCUCAUUAAGCUGUACCUGAGCCUGAAGCAGGAUAAAAAUACUUCAAAUUCCCAGCAACAUGGAGAUUAAUGGAGUCAGGCCAGCCUGCCAUAAAAGCUUAGCUUUCUGAAAUCUGUCACUGAUUCCAGGGGGAAAGGAGAACUAAAACUGGUCUGUUACAGCCAGCUACAUAUAAGAUUGAGUCAGGCCACCAGCAAGGUAAAUUCCCGAAAUAGCAUUUUAAAAGAGCAUCCCUGUUAGAGUAACACGAGCUUUGGCUACAAGCUUCAGUGUCUUCAAGCCAACAAACUUUGUGAGCUGAAAAAUAACAUUUGCUUCCUGUAAGGAACAAAAGAGAGAAAGAUAUCCUCUCAAUGCCUGAACGUAAUCCAGGAAUUCCUGUAAUCAGGAGUUUGAAACUAGGCUGUACCUUGGUUUCCCUAACUGAAACAACAGGAGUUGUUGCACCCUAGUCAUAGUGCACGUAUGAUGACCUGUAAGCGCUUUUUUGAGGCAGAGUUAACAAAUUGCUGCCAUAGAGCCAAUGCUCAGGUCAGAACAGGACAGUUGUCUGCAGUCAUCGUACCAAUAUUCUGCAAAGGAGGGGAGGGCAAAGUGGCUGAUUUUUUAUGAAGGUCUAAUGUAAAAGGGAAAAUUGGAUACCCUGAAAUCCUUGAUUGUUACAGAGAAGCAUUUUAGGCCUUCCAGCUUUGCUGGAGCAAAGCAAUGAACCAAGAGACUUCAACUCCACACAGUAUUACAGAGCCAAUGACUAACCCUGCCCAGAAAACUAGAACAGGGUUCUAUCUGUGAAAUGAAAAUCCAGCUGGAGAGAAGUUCAUAGCAUGUAAAGACAGGGCAGAGGGGCUCCUUGUGCUCAGUAGCUGUUGUCCCAUUCAGACUCUUAUUCAUGUUUUCACUACUAUGUUUCCUUUAAUAUUCAAAAGCUUGGCAAGCAGAGCUCAAACACAACUCGGUAGUUCCCUGCAGAGACUGUGCCAACAAAGGCACCCUCUACCUUGACUGCACAUAGUUUCCUUCCUGGCUGGAGAUUGCCUCAUCACUCAGUGGCCCAAGUCAAUGAUACAGCAAUCCUCAGCGUGCAGGGUGUCAGGUGUCUGCCAUUUUCUCUGGAAUAGAUGAGAGCAAAUUGGUGGGCAACUUUCCACAAGUGCUUCCAUUUUACAAGAUCUGUGGGAGGAAUUGCGUAUACAGAUUGGCAUCUACUUGUAUGAUGCUUAACAUCCAGCAACACCAAACUUUCUCAUCUAGAUCAAGUCAAGAAAAUUUAGCACUGAUAUUUGUGGCAAUUAGUAACAUUGCAGGUAAUUCAUCUGCCCCAUCUGCAUGAUGGCUGCUGUUACCCUGCACCUACCUACCAGCUGAAAUUAUUGUCUGUUCAGCACUGAAUCCUACCCAGCUCAUCACCUUGGUUGGGCUUCUGCUGCAGUCACUCUGGUCUCUGCACAAAAUGAGUGGGAAGAAAAGUCCUGGAGCUGUAAGCGUAUUCCCCUCCCAUCACUUGAAGAAGGCAAUUAAUUACCAGUAGAGCAAGAGCUAUAGGGGCUCUGCAUUCAGGCACUACACAGAAAAAAGGUUUUCUUGAGACUGUUUAGGGAGGAGCGUGCCACAGCUCAGGUGUUAGAGGGUAGCUUGCGCUGGAAAAAGAGAAUUAAAAGUAGGGAAACAGCUGGUGUCCACGACAGCCAUGUGUAUGAAGCACAGAAGGUAAUGGUGGUCAGGAAUGGAUGAAAACAACAUGAGCGCUAGAUAAGAAGACAGCGCUUAAAAAAAGGAAUGAGAAAGAUUUCCUGCUGAACUGAAACACUUCUGCUUUAGCAGACUAUAUUUUGAUUUCAUAUAAUUGUCACUCAUUCUCUCUGUAAUUUUUUUCUCAUUUAAAAAAAGUUUUUAAGCUAACCAAAUAUGUAUUUUCUUGUUUUGCUUAACAAAAAUAACCUCAGUUAUAAUGAGCAAGUGUCUGCUUUUACUCUGUCCAUUGACCUGCCCAAUGUUGAGAGGCCUGGUUCAAAUGUUUGUACAUGGUAAAACCAAGCAAAAAAAUAAUAAUGCACAACUGUUGCUUCCUUACAAUUCUGAAUGAAUUAACUUUUCUGUUGUAUCCAUUGGAUACCCACUGUGUAUUAAACCUAGUGCUUAACAAUGUC